CCUCCAAAAGCUGAUCCAAAACCAACUCUCUCUCUCUUUCCCCCCCUCUUUGUAAUAUAUAAAUACUUUUUUUUUUCCCUCUGUUUUUCAGUCCCAACCAUUACUACUCUAUUCCUUUUUCACUCCAUUCUCUCUACCUACUGCUCCUAGUAGCAAAGAGGAAAUUGGAAAUUUGGGUGGUGUGAUCAGGAACAGCCACCAAGAUGGAGAUUACCAAUGUCAUGGAGUAUGAGGCCAUUGCGAAGCAGAAGUUGCCGAAGAUGGUUUAUGAUUACUAUGCUUCCGGCGCAGAGGAUCAGUGGACUCUCCAGGAGAACAGAGAGGCUUUCUCGCGGAUACUCUUCCGCCCGCGCAUACUCAUCGACGUUUCCAAUAUCGACAUGACCACGACUGUUCUGGGGUUCAAGAUAUCGAUGCCGAUUAUGAUUGCCCCUACUGCCAUGCAGAAAAUGGCCCACCCAGAUGGAGAGUAUGCAACUGCAAGGGCAGCAUCUGCAGCUGGCACUAUCAUGACAUUGUCAUCAUGGGCUACUUCCAGUGUUGAAGAGGUUGCCUCGACAGGGCCCGGAAUCCGCUUCUUCCAACUUUACGUCUACAAAGACAGGAAUGUAGUUGCACAACUUGUUAGAAGAGCUGAAAAGGCUGGCUUCAAGGCGAUAGCCCUUACUGUGGAUACUCCGAGACUCGGCCGCAGAGAAGACGACAUAAAAAAUAGAUUCACUUUACCGCCAUUUCUGACUCUCAAGAACUUCGAGGGAUUGAACCUCGGAAAAAUGGACAAGGCUAAUGACUCUGGGCUGGCGUCGUAUGUUGCUGGACAAAUCGAUCGCUCAUUGAGCUGGAAGGAUGUUAAGUGGUUGCAGACAAUAACUUGUAUGCCGAUAUUCGUCAAAGGAGUUCUCACCGCAGAAGACGCAAGGUUGGCAGUACAAGCUGGCGCAGCCGGCAUCAUCGUGUCCAACCACGGAGCGCGCCAGCUCGACUAUGUUCCGGCUACUAUCACUGCUCUGGAAGAGGUUGUCAAAGCUGCACAGGGCCGUGUUCCGGUGUUUCUGGACGGAGGUGUUCGCCGUGGAACCGACGUCUUCAAAGCUCUAGCUUUGGGCGCAUCUGGUGUAUUUAUCGGAAGGCCCGUGUUGUUCUCUUUGGCUGCGGAGGGCGAGGCCGGAGUCAGGAAGGUUCUGCAGAUGCUGCGCGACGAGUUUGAGCUGACCAUGGCACUGAGUGGAUGCACCUCACUCAAAGAAAUCACCCGCAACCACAUCGUGACCCCCGCGGACAUGCACCGCGCCGUGUCGAGGUUAUAAAUCAUUCAGGGAUGAGAAGGAAUGCUCUGCACAUAACCACUGGUUGUGCAGAGAAUGUUGUAUCUCAUAUUGGGCUCUGAAAAUUCUACACACUCGAAAUAUUUCAAGUUUCCGUGGCAAACGACAUAUUAAUUAUACUUUUAUUGGCUAAUAUUAGUUUGUCUCAGCUCUCAAUGCUUA